GGGGGGUCAACAGCGAGACUGGGUGAUGGGAGGAGGGAUGUGAGAGUGGAAGCAGGCGAAGAAGAAAGAAACACACAGUGGUGAGGAGAGAGGCAUCACCUCACUGAUGCUGAGUCACUUAACGGAGAGACCAGAGCCACAUUCAUGACUUUCAGGGAAUAAUGGAGGAGCUUGAACACACUUGCCCCCAUCCUCGGACGAUGCUGACUGAGCCUGCCAUCUUUGCGAGAGAGACCAGCUGCGAUUGCCGCGCACCUCAUGAAAAGCUCACCAUCGCUCAGGCCCGCAGAGGCACCCCGGCGGAUCGUCCGGUGAGAGUCUACGCCGACGGCAUCUUUGACCUGUUCCACUCGGGGCACGCUCGGGCUCUGAUGCAGGCCAAGAACCUUUUCCCCAACACCUACCUCAUCGUGGGAGUGUGCAGCGACGAGCUGACCCACAAGUACAAGGGCUUCACCGUCAUGACGGAGACGGAACGCUACGAGGCGCUCAGGCAUUGCCGCUACGUCGACGAGGUGCUCAGGGACGCUCCCUGGACGCUCACGCCCGAGUUUUUGGAGCAACACAAGAUCGAUUUUGUGGCUCACGAUGAUAUUCCAUACUCCUCGGCAGGGAGCGAGGAUGUCUACAAACACAUCAAGGAGGCAGGAAUGUUUGUGCCCACUCAACGCACCGAAGGGAUCUCCACGUCGGACAUCAUCACCAGGAUCGUCCGGGACUACGACGUCUACGCCCGUCGCAACCUUCAACGUGGCUACACGGCCAAGGAGCUCAACGUCAGCUACAUCAAUGAAAAGAAGUACCGGCUGCAGAACCAAGUGGACCGGAUGAAAGAGAAGGUUCGCAACGUUGAGGAGAAGAGUAAACAUUUUGUCUACCGGGUGGAGGAGAAGAGUCACGACCUCAUUCAAAAGUGGGAAGAAAAAUCCAGGGAGUUUAUCGGCAACUUCCUGGAACUAUUCGGGCCUGAUGGGACUUGGCAGAAGCAGGUGUUUCAGGAGCGCAGCGGACGAAUGCUUUCCUACGCUCUGUCCCCGAGAGAGUCGCCGUGCAACAGCCCUCCGCGUGAACUGUCUCCCCUGCGCUCGCCGUCGCCGCCGUCUCCGCCCGCCCGCUGGCACAACGCGCGGCCUUCGCCGCCAACCUCCCCCAAAGGAGCUUCGGCGUCUAUGGGCAGCAUGAGCGAAGGCGACGAGGACGAGAAGUAGACGGCUCCCACGUGCGCGUUUACGGAACGCCGCCUGAGAAUUUGUCACUCGUGUCCCACACAAACACUGGACGGCCACCAAAAAAAACACUUGACCUCAAGGAAAAUAGCAAAAGCGUACCCAAGAUGUGGGAUUUCGGUGCACGAGAGGUCUGUUCAGCUGGCUUUUGAAGAAGCCGUCACAAACUGGAUGACAACGGCUAGUGAUCCGGGUCUCUCGUAGUUUUGGG